UCGGUCAGUUGGUGAAAGGCUGCUGAACCUGCCUUUUCUGGUCCCUUUCCCCUUGCCACUCCUCACCCUGCAAUCGUCUUCUUUCUUCCUUCUCCCUCCCAUGGAGCUUCUAUUCCCAGCAGUAUCAUCGUCAUCAUCCCAAAUCUUUGCCACACCCAAAUUCAAACUCCCAAUAGUCUCCCUUUUCCACCAUUUUCACCCCUCCAAUUCACUUCUCCUCAAUGGCUCAAUACCUUCGCCUUCCUCCCUUGCUUUCACCUCGGUCCGCCCUCUUCGGAACCCAACAUUUUCUGCCUCCCAACAUCUCAAGACUCAUCGGCGAAAGCCACCUAAACUCAUCCAAGAUUCAGCACAAAGGUUAAAUUACAAGUUCAGGAUUCGAGCUUUGGGAAAAGAUUCCGAUGGUCCUUCUCGGAACAUCGAUAAUAAUGUUACAUUAGUGAUUCUUAGCUCUGUAGUUACAGUAGUAUUGGCUGUAGCGAAUCGGGUUUUUUACAAGCUUGCCCUUGUUCCGAUGAAGGAGUACCCCUUCUUUCUUGCUCAGCUCACCACUUUCGGGUAUGUUGCUAUCUAUUUCUUCAUACUGUAUACGAGAUACAAAGCUGGUAUUGUCACUGAUGAGAUGAUCGGCCUUCCCAAAUCACGUUUCAUGAUUAUUGGUUUCCUAGAAGCCCUUGGAGUUGUUUCUGGAAUGUAUUCUGGAGCAAUGCUUCCUGGGCCAGCUAUUCCCAUGCUGAGUCAGACAUUUUUGGUGUGGCAAUUAGCUUUCUCUACCCUUCUCCUUGGCAGAAGUUACUCAUUGAAUAAAAUCAUUGGAUGCUUUCUUGUAGCAGCUGGUGUUAUUUUUGCAGUUAUGAGUGGAUCGGACAAUGGUCAGAUGUUAUCUGGAAUUGGGCUCAUUUGGCCGUCACUGAUGAUAGUUUCGAGCGCCUUUCAAGCUGGUGCAUCUAUUAUCAAAGAAUCUGUUUUCCUUGAUGCUCGGAGUCAUCUCAAGGGAAGGUCUCUGGAUAUCUUUGUUGUCAAUUCUUUUGGAUCUGGAUUCCAGGCUCUUUUUGUGUUUCUCCUUCUUCCUUUUCUUUCGAACUUGAAAGGUAUACCAUUCUCCCAGCUCCCUUCAUACCUAAAGAGUGGGGCUGGUUGCCUCUUGAAUGCUGGAUCGACCGGAUCAGGCUGUGAAGGAGCUCCAUUACUACCCCUAUUGUACGUAUUCGUCAACAUUUGUUUCAACAUAUCGGUGCUCCAUCUUGUAAAGAUUUCAUCAGCAGUUGUUUCUUCCCUCGCUGCAAUGUCAUCAGUUCCAAUUUCAAUAUGCAUACUUUCUCUUCCGCUGCCAUAUCUUCCGGAAGGUGUGAGCUUGAGCCCAUUUUUUCAUGUGGGCAGUAUCGUUCUGGUGAUGGGUCUGAUCCUAUACAACAUACCUCAACCCCUCAAUGAGAGAUCGAAUAUUGAGUAACAUUCAUCUUCUAAGCUUACUUUCUGACUGGAAAAGUUCUAACCAUGUCAUUAUAGUCCAAAGAGAUGGAGGACAAUAUGUCUGCCAUUUCUUUUCAAAUUGUAUUUUCAAUGUAGAAGCUCCUAUACUGAUUUCUAUACGUUUAACCUUGAGGUUGAACGCUUUUUAUUGUGCUUUUAGUUUGCUAGUGAACUAGGCUUUGCUCAACUGAUGUAGGAAUAGUUACAAAUGUAAGUAAGAAUAUAUAUUAUAGUUGCUAUAAUUCAAACAAUUCUGCAUUCACAGCACUAAA